CGUAUUUACGUUUAUCUAUGUAUUUAUAAAAUACUGACGUGGUAUUGAAUGUGUAAUAUCGUAAAUUUAUUUUAGUUUUAUCUGGAUUAAUUCAUAAAUCAAAAUACUACUGUUAAAUAGUUAAAUUUAAUAAAUAAAUAAAUAUGGAUAGUUUAUUUGAUGAUGUAAAAAGGAUGAAUAAAAGACAGUUUUUAUACCAAAUGUUAAGUUUUGGUAUGAUAGUGUCAUCGGCGUUAAUGAUAUGGAAAGGUCUAAUGGUAAUUACCGGUAGUGAAUCGCCAAUUGUAGUUGUAUUAUCAGGGAGUAUGGAACCGGCAUUUCACAGAGGUGAUCUUUUAUUUUUAACAAACUAUUCACCAGAGCAAGAGCCAAUUCGAGUUGGAGAAAUAGUUGUAUUUAAAGUGGAUGGACGUGAUAUUCCAAUUGUACAUAGAGUACUUAAAUUACAUGAAAAAGAAAAUGGUACCACCAAAUUUUUAACAAAAGGUGACAACAACAGUGUUGAUGAUCGGGGGCUGUAUGCGCCUGGUCAAUUAUGGUUAACAAAUAAGGAUGUAGUAGGAAGAGCAAGAGGAUUUUUACCUUAUGUUGGAAUGGUGACAAUCUAUAUGAACGAGUAUCCUAAAUUAAAGUAUGGAGUACUUUCGUGCUUAGGGCUGUAUGUAUUACUUCAUCGUGAAUAACAUUCCGCAUUAACUAAUUUAAUUAGUUUUGGCUCUUAUAUGAACAUAAUGAAUGUGAACAGAAAACCUUACGUACAACUAGCAAAACAAUUGAAACAAGUGCAGAAAAAUAUAUUAUUUGAGUCAGUCAUACCUUUCUUUCGGAUUAAUUUAUUUUCUCCAAUCAACUUGA